ACUGUGUCGAAUUGUGCUUACAGAACAGUAUUUCCUACACCCCCUACCUCUUUCAUAUAAAUUAUCUUUAAAAAAAAGAUUUGAACACAAGAAGGUGACCCAUGAUGGAUACAAUGUUUACUUAUUUGAUUAUUUUAGGAUUUAAUUUUAUAGCAUACACGAGCGGUAAAGAAUACUGCUAUCACACCGACGACGGAUAUGAAUAUUGUGAUGACUGCUGUGGUAGUUGGCCGCGGGAAUACUGUUGUGAAGACACCUCGGGAUAUGUAGUGGGCGUGGCUAUUGGCGUCACCCUCGGUGUCCUCUUUCUCAUAGGCGUUAUCAUAGCGGUGAUUUGCAUUUGUGUGAAACAAAAAGGACAAUCCGGUCGAGUAAUCCAGCCAAGCUACACGGGACAACCUGUAGUCACGACAACAGCAGUAUACCACGUGCCAUUCGGUCAACAACAAGGCGCGAUUCAGCCACAUGCAGCAGGCGGGGCUCCUCCACCAGUAUACCCGCCCCCUCCGCCUCAAUAUCAACCGACCAGUCAAAAUCUUUAUGGGCAUCAAACAAGAAAUGCUCCUGAGGGUAUUCAAAGUCAACCGCCUACAAGUGGAGGGUUGCCGGGAAACCAUCAGGUGGUUUAGUCAGUGAUAAAUGAUAAUGAUUUCAAUUAUGGUAUGACUUUUUUAAAUCAAAAACAGAUGCAUUUACUGAUAAUAUUGACUAUAUUGUUUUUUGUUUUGUUUUUAUGAUUAUAAUCCCCCGCCAAAAAGUUGCAAAUUGCCCUUUGUUACUAUAUUAGGUUUAAAUGGCUAUAACUCAAAAUAUUUCCUGGCUAUAACUCAAAAUAUUUACAGCUUUAUACUUUCAGAUUAUUGAACUUUGAGUGCAGGGGAUUUUGACAGUCUGUGAUUAUCUAAACUGAAUGUUAAUAAACUAUAAAGGAAUCUUUGAA